AUGAUUGCCCCUGAGCAAGUGACGGCGCAGCCCAACACUGCCAUUGACCAUGAAGUUGCCAUUGCGGCCGAAGAUUACGACGACUCUGCGUCGGAAUACGCUCCUCACAGCGUAGCUUCCUCAAGCACCAGUGUGACCAGUUCGAUAUUGGAGUACCGACUGGAGAACGGACGAACCUAUCACGGAUAUAAAGAGGGCAAGUAUAUGAUGCCUAACGAUGACAAAGAAGUCGAAAGACUGGCAUAA